CAUUUUUCUGAGUUGUUUUGUUUAAAUGUGUUUUUUGAAAGCGGCUUCACAGCCCAAUCCGUAGCCACAUGACGUGUGUUUUCAUUUAAUAGUUUGAGCCAUGUCCCAUCUGUUAACAUGGAGGAGGCUGGGUUUAUGAUCUUUAAUUGCAGCCUGUCAUUAGGGGGAGCUCAGUAGUUUGGCCUCACUGCCAGCUGUUGCUCCGUCCAUCUUAAUACACAGUACUGGAGUCCUUACCCAGGAUUUCCCCAGUUUGAUUCUACUUGGCGGACUUGAUUUUGAUCUUCCCACUCUCUCUCUCUCUCUCUCUCUCUCUCUCCUCUUGAUGACAGCUCUGCACUGAGCAGGGGAGUUCUGGAGGAGGGGGGGAUUAGUUGACAUGAGGGUGGGGGGGGGCUGCGGGGAUGUGGUGUUAAGGUCACGCCUCUGGCCUAAAAAGGCGAAGCAGAAUACCAGCAGCAGCGGGCCGCUCUAAGAAUAACUCAGGGCCUGGGGCUCAGAAACAUGGCAUGAAUGUAACAUUUCCUGGUUAGUUCUACAGUUUAUUCAGACUUAUCCCAAAGGAACAAAACAAAGUAGACUUACUGAUACAAUUUGACUUCUGUUUGUUGAGUCCAGCAGCAACAUUGGCUGUUGGGAUAAAGUUACCUUAAAGCUCUCUUUCCCCUCCGUCAGUCAGUCCCCGUGGUCGAUCUAAUUCUGUCAGACAAGCAGAGGAGGGGGGGUCCUGCUGCUCUAUCUACAACCCUAGCUUCAACCCGGCAAAGGGCAAAGCCACUUUAAAUUGGUCUCUGUCCGUCUUCCCCCGGCCUCAUCCACUACAGCGGAAGUCAGCUCCCUGGGCCACGUCGCAGACAUUUGGACCCAUUCAAAGUUUGAGUUCUGAAACUGCAGAUUUAAGAAAUGCGAGUGGAAAAAGAAGCGUAAGUGUGACCAGUGGUGGACACAUAUCCUCAGCACAUGCCAUCAUAUGACGUGGCUGGAUUGGAAUUAAACGCUGGGAUUAAGUUGCUCGGAGGAGUUGAGGAUCUACCGUCAAUUUUUUCUUUUUAUGGGAACUUAAUCUGCAUAAAGGAUUUUACUUUUUUUCUUUUUUUUUUUAAACUAUGACCGAAGCAGUUGAAGGCAACAACUGGCCCCAAAUGACUCCUCUGAGCUGAGCUGCCAUGGAUACCCAGUGAGGGUAACAACAGAAAAGUCAUCCUCAGUGUGCAGACAGCUCGGUUGUCGACCACCACCACCACGAUGGUCAUUGACGGUAAAAGUGGAGACGUCGGUUCGCAGCCCGCGCGACUAAACAAGAAAACGUUCACGGAGGACCUCCACUCCACCUUCAGCUCUCCUCUGGCCUGGAUCUUGGUGCUGGCUCUCUUCAUCACGUGGUCUUGCGUUUUUGUAAUCAUGUUUGAUCUGACCGACUACAAGACCAUUUCAGGAGGCCUCAGUAAGAUCGGCUCAGACCCCAUGAAGGCUGUGAACGACGCAGUGGAUGAAUCGACAAACGUGAUAAGUGCGGUGUUCAAAUUUGCUGCAAACCUGAUCGCUCCUGAAGAAGAUGAAGGAAAUCUAUACGCAGUGAGAAAAAAAGAUUCGAGAUGGGUGGAGGAGGAGGAGGAGGUGAAAGAGGAAGUGGAGGUGAAGAAUAAGAAAGCAAAAGGAGAAUUUCUACCAUCCCGAAGUAAAGUCAUAGGGAUGCAAGCAGAGACACAACUACCAGCUGUUGAGGUCGUGGAGGAGGAGGAUGAGGAUGAGGAGGAGGUGGGAGUGGAGGAGGGAGAAGAAGGAGAUGAAGUAGAGGAUGCUGGUGAGGAAGAGGAGGAGGAGGAGGAUUAUUACGAAGAGUAUGAGGAGUACGAGGAGGAGUAUGAAGAGGAGGAAUAUGAGGAGGAGGAAGAGGAGGAGGAGGAGGAGGAGGAGGAGGGGGAAGAAGUAAUGGAGGAGGAGGAGGAGGAGGAAGAGGAGGAGGGAAAGGAUGGAGAGGAAGAAGAGGGAGCUGAAGCUGUGGAUGAGGAAGAGGAGGAAGAGGAGGAAGCUGAAGCUGUAGAUGAGGAAGAGGAGGAAGAGGAGGAAGCUGAAGCUGCAGAGGAGGAGGAGGAGGAGGAGGAGGAGGAGGAAGAAGUGAAGCAAGAGGGAGCAGCAGAAGCUGAGGAGGAGGAAGAGGAGGAGGAGGCUGAAGAGGGCCCUGCAGAGGGAGUUGAAGCAGCUGCUGAGGAAGAUGAAGAUGAUACCAAGGCUGAAGAGGAGGAAGAUGAGGAGGAGGAGGAAGAGGAAGAAGGGCCAGGAGAGGGAGAGGUAGUUGGAGCAGCUGCUGAUGAAGAGGAGGAUGAGGAGGACGAGAAGGUAGAUGCUCAGGUGGAACACGAUGACGAUGAAGACGAGGAAGACGAGAAGGAACCUGCAGCAGCUGAUGUUGAUGAGGAUGAUGAUGAUGAUGAAGAAGACAUGAAAGAGGAAGCAGCAGCAGAAGAAGAAGCUGAUGAUGAUGAUGAAGAUGAGGAAGAAGAAGAGAAGGCAGACGCUGCCGAUGAUGAUGAAGAUGAUGAAGUUUCUCCUGAACCCAUCUCCACCUCCGAGGAUGACGAGUCAGCUGUGUCACCUGACUCCGACUCUGACGUACCUGUCGACGUCAAGGACAGCGAGGACGACGUAACACUCCCCGAUGAAGACGACGAAAAGGACGACGAAGACGAUGACACCAGUGACGAUGCAUUCACUGACUCCUCAGAAGUCAGUGAAUCUGCACUUCUUUCCAGUGACGAGGAGGAGGAUGACGACGAUGACGAGGACGACGAAGAUGACAAAUUAGCCGAGGGCGUCGCGACGUCUGAUAGCGAUGACAUCAUCGCCGCGGACAGCGAUGAAGACCUGGAGCUGGACCUUCUUCCUCUUCCCGCUGCUAUCGAGGACGAUGAUGAGGAAGAUGUCAAACUUGAUGAAGAGGACGAUGAAGAACGCCUGGAAGAGGACGCCAAAGUUGCUGAAGAAACUCACGAGGGUGAUGAUGAUGAUGAUGAAGAUGAUGAUGAGCUGGACCUAUCAGACGAGGAUGUCUCUGUCGCCUCCUCUGACCACUUUGCAGACGAUGAAGAUGAUGAUGAGGAUGAGGAGGACAGUGACCUCAAAGACGAAGACCUCGACGUAGACGUCCAUAUCGAUCUCGAUGACGAUGAUGCUCUCGAGAAAGUCGAUGAUGUCACCGUCCAUGAGGAAGAUGACGACGACAAAGAGGAGGAGGAAGAUGACCUCCCUACCCUUGAGAGUACAGACAGCGGCGUCUUAGGCGAUGAAGAUGAAGAUGAAGAUGACGACGUUGAUCUUAAAACAGAUGAUGAGGAAUCUGUCGGAGAAACUGUCCUCAGUGAUGAUCUUUCAUAUGACACAUUAGACGAUGAAGAUGACGAUGAAGAUGACGAUGAUGAAGAUAUCGACACCAGCUCGUUUGAGUUCACCUUUGACCUCGAGGAGGAAAAAGAAAUCACAGGAACAAUCGUUGACGAGGAAAAAGAUGAAGAUGAGCUCCCAGCGGAGUCGUUGGCUGGUGAGCAUGAAGACGAAGAUGAUGAAGAUGAAGAUAAAGAUAAAGAAGAUGAUGAUGAAGAUGAAGAUGUUGAUGAUGAUGUUGACGACUUCUUGUUAGCAGCCUCUGCUGCAGCGAUGCUCACUGUCCAGGAGGAGGCAGUAAAGACCGAGGCAGACGCAGACGAGGACGAUGAUGAUGAUGAUGAUGACAUCACACAGGCUGCUGAUGAAGAUCAGUCUGAGGAGGAGGACGACACAGAAACUAUUGUCGGCCGGUCUGCUGCUCCCGAAGACGAGGAGGACGAGGAGGAGGAUGAAGAGCCGACCGCUGACGUAAAGAAAACCGUGGACGAAGCAGAGGAUAGAAAAGAGGAGUACGAUGAAGACGAGGAGGAGGAGAAGGCCUCUGUGGAUGUGAGCAAACCUGUGGCUGAACCAGAGGAAGAGGCGGCAAAGAGCGAUCCCACAGUGUGUCCCUGCAUGCACUCUGCCAAGACUGACGAGUCUGCAACCAAGACUGAAGAGAAGAAAGAGGCUCCGAGGAUAGUGUCAGCUGUCAGAAGGAGAAAAGACCGUGAAGCUGUGGAGCCAAAAAGGAAAGCUUUACCCAGAAUUCCUGGCCUGGGGGCGAAAAUCCGGAGGAUCAAGAGAACCCCUCUUCUCUUAAGAGCAAAGAAAGCAGAAAAGGCCAAGACUGAAAAACCAGAGACGGAGACCAAAAAACAAGAAGAGGCCCCAGAAUCUGGAGAAGACGUCGGCCCCUGCAGACCUGCACCCGUCUACUGCCCGUCUCCACCUGGCUGGUACGUUCAUCACGUCGUCACAGACAACCCGUACCCUCCUCCAACAAUGCAAGCUCCCUCUGCUCCUGUCCUCACCGCUCACCCCGUCCACCCGGGAGCUCUACCUCUUUAUCAGCAACAACCUCCUCCAAACAUGCAGCCGCUCUACGCUCACUAUCAACCAUAUCCACUGCCUGUGAUGCAGCCUCCGCCUCCGCCUCAGUCAGAACCGGUACAGCCUGCACCUGAAGCAGAACCAGUCCAGACAAAUGCCACUGAAGCAGAGGCUCCAGCUCAGCCUGAGAUCCAGACUCCACCAGCUGUAGCUUCGGUCCUGGAACCAGACGCUGUAGAGGAAGAAGUGAAGGCUGCUCCUGCCAAAAAAGCUGAAAAGAAGAAACUGAAGGCUGCUGAUUCAAAGAAAGAGCCGACAGCAGCAAAGGAGAAAACAAAGAAAGACGCUGCCGAUACAAAAGAAAAAGCCAAAGCUGGAGCUGCAAAGAAAGAAACUGCAGCAAAGAAAGAGAAACCAAAGAGUGCUGCAGUGGCUAAGAGAGAGCCAGCUGUGAAAGAGAAAACCAAAACUGCUGCAGCUGUGAAGAAAGAGCCUGCAGCUGCUCGACAGAAGAGGAAAUCAGCCUCUGAAAAGACAGAAGCAGCACCUGUUAAAAGUAAAGCCAAAGCUUCUGCAGCCAAGAAAGAUGGAGGUGCAGAACAACGUCCACAACCGAUCCGCCUGCGAUCGAGACUAGAAGCUGUGAGGAGGGCGAAUGUGACGGCUCAGGCGAAGGAGGAGAAACCUGUGAAAUCUGCGUCUGAAGCAGCCAAAACAAGAUCAAAGUUAUUGGCAGAGAAGAAAAGCAAAGCUGAGAAGGCUGAAAAGAAAUCUGUCAAAGAGGCUCAAGAUAAAGAGAAACAACCGACACAAGCUAAGGAGCCCCAUACUGAAGACAAUGCCACAGAGAAGAAGAAACCAAGCCAGAGAUACUUCCAGUGUAUUUACAUCCCGGGUAAAAACGCUCAGUACCCUUUACGACCUUUCAGCCCGGCCAUGUCCCCCGCCAUGAUGUCCCCCACCAUGAUGACGCCCGCGAUCCGAGCCAUGAUGGAGCAGCAGAGAGCAGCGAGGGCGGCGGGACAAUAAGACGACUUGAACUCUUUUCACCUCAUUUCUAAAGUACUGUAUCCUCCAGAACCAGCAGGGGGCGACGUUUUAAUCAGUGGAUUCCUUAAAACUUUUGAGGAAAAACACAGACACACAAAUAAGAGUGGACACAACUAUUUUGUCUUUAAUUUAUUUGAUGUAUUUUUCUCUGGAUGUGGUCGAGCUCCUGGGGUUUUUUUUUGUUUAUAUUUUUCCUCUCAGCUGAAGCUUUGCUAUGAUUGCGUCACCGUGUCGUCCAUACCACGCAUUGUUGUGACUUGGGUAUAAUAUAAAAUCACCGACAUCCGAACAAGGAAGUAUUAUGUGACUCAGUAUGAUGUAUAUAAUGUUUUUAACUUAGGCUGAAAUAAACAAACACACGUUUGCA